AGGCUUCAGCGAAUACUGCAAGGUUUGAUAUCGACAUACGUUAGGCACCGAGGCAACGAAGCCGCUAAUCUUAGAGAAUUUCUUACUUCAGAUCUAUUUGUCCAUGUAAACUAUCACUUAUUAUGGCUUAAUUUUAUUUUACCACUAUACCUCUAAUUACAUUUGCUGAGGACAUAUACCGAAGAUGAAUUUCGAGGCAAAGCGAUGUGGAGUACAGUUCUCCCCUCCUUCCAUAGUUUUAAUUUAUCAACACACGGAAACCAAGAAGAUGCGAAAAAGAAUAAUACCUGUGCGACACUUCUCAAAGUAUUCUGACUACAGAAUGGCUGCUGAAAGACUGAAGAACAACCCUCGGCACAGGGACUACCUGGAAGGUGUUUCUCAGAGCCAGCUAGAGAAGCUUCUCAUCAUCCUGCGAGAUCACAUGCAGGGCUUCAGCCUGGAGCACAGCCUGGCCUCGUUCCGCCUGGACCCUGACGAAGACCUCAACAAACUGGACGACGAGGAGCUGGCUCGCAAGAAGGGGCAAAUGGACGAACUGUUUGAGAAGAACCGCAGGCGCAAAAACGAUCUUGACUUUGUUUAUGACCUGGAAGUGGACUUCAGCAAGCCCACCCAAGAGAAGUGCAGCUGGGAUGACGAGUCUGAUGAUGGAUUUUAAAACUGAUCUCCUAUCCUUUCCCAAACCCGCUUAACCUUACAUUAAUAAGGCAGUUUUCUUCCCGCCUACUGCUGGUCAUAUCUCACUGAUUUUGAGAUUUCCUUGUUUUCCUUUUCCUUGUUUGUUCAACCCCAAAACAAUGACAUCGAGCAGAUGGCCCUCAUAACAGUUAGAACACAGAGUCUCCAUAAUCAGUGUUUUGGUUAUUCGAAUUAUCCACAGACCUCACGGUCUAAGGUUUUCAAGUACUACAGAUACUUUUGUCACAGUUCUCAGUGAAAUAAGUGAGGUCUGUGUUCUAUAAAAGUAACUGGGAUAUUAUUUUGGGUAAAAAAAAAAAAGUGUUGAAAUUCUUCAACUUAAUUUGAUGAUGCUAAGUGGCACAAAUCAAAUACCACUUGUUUUUAUAGUAAUGGAGAAACAGUAGUCUCACCGUCAAAUGAAACCAACCAUCUACUUGGUUAAAUAUCAGUAGGGGUAAAUGAUUUGUACAUCUGGUGAAAACAACCCAACUGAUGUUUGAGGGUGAAUGUCCUGUGGUCAUUUCAAACACAUCACAUGUUCCAUUUUCAAACUGCAAUGAAAGAAAUAAUGCAUGAGUAAUAGUGAAUAUUUAUUUGUUAUAAAAUACUGAAUUUUACAAAAUACAAA